AUGGGGGCUCAUCCCAUUCCCUCCCCCCACCAGGCCUACCUCACUGGCCAACGUAACUUGCUUCCAGCACUUCCCAGGACACAGCAGUCAACAUCACAAGCUAGGCUGCGCUCAGCCAAUCGGAAAAUUCCGCCGGGGUGCGUGACGUCACACAGCCUAGCAACCAAGCGGCAGAUUCAACAAGGAACCCGUAAGAACGCUUCGAAUAUCCCCCGCCCCUCCCCUCUCUCCUUCCUAGCCAGCGCGGGUAAUACCAACCGUCCAAUCAGGGAGCGGGCGGAGGUGACGUCACUCAGCGCGACCGGUGACAAGGAAGUGUGAUGUGGCUGUGAGAGAGAGAGAGAGCACCAUGGUGAGUGUGGCUGUCAGUGGCAGCUCUGUGCUGAGGGGGGGGGGCUGAACAUCAUGGGAGUUGUAGUCCUUACCAACAGCAGGAGUACCAGUGUCUGCCUGGCACUGUCUGGUGUGCUGUAACUCCUGGCAUUCUUAGAAUGGAAUGUUUCUUUCAUUUAUCAAUAAGUGCCAUACUCCAAGAAAAUCUAAAUUUUAUAUAUAUAUAUAUAUAUAUAUAUAUAUAUAUAAUAUAGUGUUUAGCCUAAUCACUAAAUUGUAUGGAAUUAUUUUAUAUUAAGUCAGCUCUCCACCUACAAGCUAUAUAUUCUUCGAAUGUGUGUAUGUAUGUAUGUAUAUCAGAUCAGAUUUUGUAGCACUGUACAAUAUAUAUAUAUAAUAUUCCUUUUUGGCCUUGCACACACAUUUUUAAGUUCUUCCAAAUGCCGGGUGCAUUCUAACCACAGCCAAAAAUUAUAAUAGAGAUAGUGAAAAGAGGCUUGCACUCACUGUCUUUCUCCUUUGUAAAAUUUCUUUCUUUAUUCCAUUUCUUGUUAAAACAUAAUCAUAAUCAACGUUUCAGCCAUCGUUUGUGGCUUUCAUCAGGAUCAGUUCAUACACAUGAUACAUUGCUUGAUGUGUGAUCAUGAGAAUUAAAUUUUUUUUAGGCCGUAGUAGCUGAAUUGAAAGCCUAGCUGACUUAGAGAAUUUUUCCAGAUUUGGCUAUUUUGGCCUUAAAUUUCAAAUUCAGUUCUCACUUUAGUGCAUAACUGUGAUCGUGUAACAAAAUCCCAAUUUUUAUUUAUUUAUUUGAAGUCAAGUGUUUUGUAUUUAACUUUCAAGGGCUUUAAAACAGGGUUGAUGCUAAGCUUCUGAAUUUGAAUAUUGUGUUUAUUGCUUGCUGUAGCACUUUUAUAAUGUAGGAAUGUUCAAGCGAGUUAAAGGUACACACAAUCUCCUUACAGAGGUAAGUGUUACACUUCUUUAACACUCACCUCCAGUCAGCCUGCGCCCCCCGCCCCCCUCACCUAUUAGUUGAUUUGCCCUGUGUGAGGAUACUUUCAGACAGCAUGUCCGCGUCUGAAUGGAAUGAUGUGAGGCCUAUUCUCCCUAGUCGGCAAUAGCAGUCCCGGCUAUACAGUUACUAUAACAACCACAGCACAAGCUGUGUGCAGCACUGACGUUCAGCGUCUCCACACUCUGCAUCUCUAUGAGGAGACGCUGAUUGGCGCAGUGAAAUGCCAUGCAUGUGCUAUAGCCGUCCAAUGCUUUCCAACUGAGAUCGUCAAGUUGGAUCUCAGACAAGGAGGCGAAGCGAGUGCGGGGCAAACCGAGAGGAGACCCUGAAUGGUGCUGAAAAAAAGUUGAGUAAAAACACCCCAUUACCUUGCUGACAGGGAGCCAAUAGUGUCCCUUUAAAGGACCACUAUAGUGCCAGGAAAACAUACUCGUUUUCCUGGCACUAGUGCCCUGAGGGUGCCCCCACCCUCAGGGUCCCAAUCCUGCCCGGCUCUGGGGAGAGGAAAGGGUUAAAACUCACCUUUAUUCCAGCGCUCUCCGCCUCCUCUCAUCCCUUUCAGCUGAAUGCGCACGCGCGGCAAGAGUUGCGCACGCAUUCAGCCGGUCUCAUAGGAAACCAUUCUCAAUGCUUUCCUAUGGACGCUUGCGUGUUCUCACUGUGAUUUUCACAGUGAGAAUCACGCAAGCGCCUCUAGCGGCUGUCAAUCAGACAGCCACUAGAGGAUUGGGAGGCUGGAUUAACCCUAACAUAAACAUAGCAGUUUCUCUGAAACUAUGUUUAUUUAAAAAAGGGUUAAUCCUAGAGGUACCUGGCACCCAGACCACUUCAUUAAGCUGAAGUGGUCUGGGUGCCUAUAGUGGUCCUUUAAGUUAUCAUUGCAAAGUAAGAGUGGCUGCUGUGGCAAAUAAUCUGUGAAUUCAUACAUUUUCACUGGGAUACUCAAAUGCAUAUGAUAUACAAUGUUAUCUUGUUUGGCAGUACUUUUGUUUUAGUACUUAUCAUAGGUUCAAUUUACCUUUUGGAUAGGUCCCUCCCACUCGCUACUAAUAGGUGGGUGCCAGGGGACACCCUGCAUUAGUAUUUAGGGCUUCUAUCAGGCGUUAAUGGAUGGGGGGCAUUAAGUCCCCCAUAUUGUUUAAUAGCCCUCACUCAAAGGGCACGGGUGGGUGCUGGAGGCGGAUAUUAUGUUUCUCCCUCCCCCAUCCCCCCUAAAUUAUUGUUAAUUAUUAUAGGUGCCCUUUCAUGGCAGCAUGGGAAACCUGUGACAGGUUCCCCUUUAUUGGAUUGGGGGCGUUUUUUCUUUAUUUUUAUGACAGUGAGCAGCCACUGGUUGCUCACUGUUUAGUAAAUAUGCCCCUACUCGCCUCACAGCAAGUAGGGCAGGAGGGAGAUUUUAACCUCCCUUUUUUUGAAACUAAUACUACGUAACUUUUUCUUUAUAUUAGUAAAGUUGGCUGAAAGACCAAGUCGAGAUAUACCGACCCAACCCUGCCACCGGGUUCCCAGACAGUGACAGUGCCGCUUUAACUCCAUUAUACGACUGAAAUAUCUAAAAAAAAAAAAAAAAAUAAUAUUUGUAUGUAUGUAUGUGCAGGCAUUAGGCUGCUAGAGUAGGAUCUGCCAAGAAUGGGGUACAUUGACGUUGUAGGCUUAUGCAAUGUAUGAUCAUAUACUGUAACUAAACCCCCAUUAUUUUUUGCCUAGGUGAUGUGUUUUUAAAUAAAACUAUUACAUUCUGUGAAACUUGAAAUCGCUGUUUCAUGAAUGAGCAAGUUCGUAGGAUUUUGUAUGUUUUUUUUUUGUUUGUUUGUUUUUUUUUUAUAUAUAUAUAUAUAUAUAUAUAUAUAUAAAAUUUCUUCUUGCUAAAAUCUAAGUGGGCUUAGAGCUGAGUGUUUUCAGGAUAUCCUCUUUUUUUUUUUUUUUUAAUUCUUUAUUUUUUGCUGUGCACUGGAUAAUACAGAGGUUCACGAUGCCACAACAGCAUAAGCAAACAGUGAUAACAAUGUAGAGCAUUUAUAUGGCAUGAGAAAGUGGCACAGUUUUUAAGUAUAUCAAUACACAGGCUAGUCGUGCUUGUUUAAGUAGGAGUCACAGGAGUAAAGAUAGACGCAGAUAUAGAACAAGUAACGAUAAAGAUCUCGCUUAGUAUAUGUUUGCACGGUACCAAGAUUAACAAGCAAGGUUAAGAUUAUUAAGGCAUAUACAUAGUUUGUUCAAUCCGUUUAGUUGUAUUAACUAAGUUAGUGAGCUCAUUAUAAACAGUGACUAACAUACAAGCCUUUGCAGGCUAGUCUCGCUUAUCUGUCAGGGUACUAAUACUGAGUCUGCACUUGACAGCAGGCAUCAGAAAAGGAAAUGAAAGAAAAAAAGGAAAAAGAAAGUGAAGUCAUAGAUUGCAGUAGGUUAGGUGAGAAAGACAAAUAUGCAAGGCAGUAUGGCAUGGCUAGUGUUUGCAUAAAAAAGGACUGAGGAAAUCAUGCCACAGUGAUUAAAGAACCCUGGGACCCCAGACAGAGUCUCUCUUCUCUGUGGAAAGGUGAACAGGAGCCUGAUUGUUGCUGUUCAGGAGUCAGGGUGUAGGCAGCCCCAGUCUUCAUGCAGAGAGCUGGCAGGUUACAAUUCUUUGUUUCUCGGCUCCAUCUGUGAAUAAUUCCCUGAUGCUGUGGUGUGGCUUGUCAGGUAUUAUCAGCCGUUUGGGAGCUGGGUAUGUGCAGGGUCUUCGUAGUGAUCCACGGCUAUCGUGCGUGUAGUUUGGCAUCGUGGGAUCACACCAGCUUGCAGCCUGAUUACUGUUGGAGCCGCUUUGCCAGUUAGAUGGUUUCAGCACUAGGUCCUCAGUGUCGAUUGGUAGCACCCCAGGCCGGGUCUCAGGAUAGGUAAGUUGCUCAUACGAUGUCUCCCUGAGUUGCCCGUAGUGAGUGCCAAGAGCCCUGAGGGGGGAGGAUAUCCUCUUUUGAACACAGAUGGGUGCAUUAAAAUGCAAAAGUACUAAUUUACUUGGUUGGACUGAAUUGAGGAUAUCCUGAGAAUUCCAAGCUGUGGAAUUUCUCUGGAUUAUAGAUUUGAAUUGUCGAAGAAUAUAUAGCUUGUAGGUGGAGAGUGGCAGAGCUGACUCAAUAUAAAAUAAUUCAAUACAAUUUUAUGAUUAGGCAAAACACUUUGAAUUCAGGCUAUCUGUAUCUGAUUUUUCUUCUGAAGUUAUUCCCUCUCUAUGAUCUUUACAUUUAUUUUAUAAUAUUAUUUUUCCAGGCAGGAUAUAUACAGAUACAAUUAUAAAUUAACAAUGAGUUUUUUUUGUUUUUUUUGGGGCGGGGGGGGGGUGGAUUUAUUAAAGGAACAUUAUAGUGUCAGGAAUACAAACCUGUAUUCCUGACACUUUAGUUGUGAUAACACUAUUUAGGCCUCUGGUCCCCCUCUCACACAUGCCAGUCUUGUUGCGGCUGGCUUCGCAUCCUUGGCUCAGAUCAAGCUUGAUGAUCUCAGCCAAUCCAAUGCGUAGCAAAGCACAGCACCAGCUGGCAUCUCCUUAGAUCAGUGGAUCUUUAUGGGAAAUGAUCAGUACCUCCACACUGUGCAGCACUGACACAGGAAGCACCUUUAGUGGCUGUCUUAGUGACUGCACUAGAGUUUCCUAGGUAAUAAUUUAAACACUGCCCUUUUUCUGAAAAGGCAGUUUUUACAUUAAAAAGCCAGCAGGAACAUACUAUACACACCAGGACCACUACAUUAAGUUGUAGUUUUUCUGGUGACUAUAGUAUCCCUUUUAAAGGUAAAUGCAUGCAGAUAUUUUCGGGGAUUUCAGACUGGUGGCAGGUUUAAUCUUCUGUGACAGGUUGUUCCACAUAUAGGGAGCUUAACAGGAGAAAGUGACUUGGCCAACAUAAUGUUUGACGUGUGGCAUGAAAAAAAAAAAAAUGCAUGAUUAGCGCUUCCUGCGUGAUCUUUGUAUUCUGAAGGAGGAAAUCUAUUUUGUUAAUAUCAGAUUUGUAAAUAUUUUAUAAAUCUGCCACUUUAGAGGCUUUUUGUAAAGUGAAUGUUGUUUUUUAUUGGUGAAACAAUGAUUAAUUUGUAUUAUGUACAAAUGAUUUGGCAAAAUGUGGUUAUGAGCCAAAUUUCCUCCACCGUCGCUUGCAACGACUGAUGGCAACGUGCAUUUUCCAGCAUAAUGCUCAAUAGGUGCUUAAAAUCUUAUUGCAAUAUAUGAUAAGAUCUAUUAAAACAUAGCUUAAGGUGUGCAUGUCAAAAUGUGAAUAAGCAUCACUUAGUUCAGUCUCAACAAAUCCCAGGCCUGGGUGACUAAGAAUUAUAUCCUGGGUGAUUGUAACACUGCUUACACCGAUGCCUGACGUUGCACAUAAUGUACAGUGACAGAACUACAGGGGUCACCAGUGGGAUCGCGCCCUUUGUGUUCCGUCUGUUAUGGAAUGCACAAGAGCUGGUCAGCAGGCACCUUAUGGCCCCCUGAGGCAGGUGACUGUGAGGAAUGGAGGUGGCGGCGAUGGAGCUGUUAUCUAUCUGUUUUACUUGCUCUGAUCUCUUGCACCCUGCUUUGAUGCCGGGAACAUCACUCUCUGGCCCUGGCAUCCCUAAACAGCGAUGAUACACGGAGUAGAGAAGGAAGAUUACAGGAUAACACACUGGACCCCAGGUAUUCCCCCUGCAUCUGAUCCGGGCAACCCGGCCAUGUGAUCGCAGGGUCCUUGCGAUCGAAUAGCCGGCAUGUGCAGACCUACCGUUAAGGACGCAUGACGGAAAAUUUCCGUGAUUUACUAAAGUUAAAACUCCUCUGGUCUGCCUCGGUAUUCGAAGCAGAACCGGAGCACCCGAACGUGCACUCCCUGCAGCUGUAAAUGCUCUGGCAGGCUGUCAGAGUGUGCACAAGUGCUGCAGGGACUUCUGAUCCACCUCCCUGUGCUUCCGCGUUCAGUGUGAAGUGCAGGGAAAUGGACCAGCAGUGAUCUCCCUGUGUGAAAAAAAUAAAAUAAAGUUAGUUUAAAAUCUCAUCCCCCCCUCCCCCCAUCCAUUAAUGGAUUAACCCCUUCUGCCAAUCGAUCACUGACUUCGGUGGUCAAUUGGCAGGGACUACAUUUUACUGUAAUUUGAUUUUUUUAGAGUUAACUUUUAAAAAUUUAAACCUUAGGGAUUAAAUAAAUUUUAUUAAUUUAAAUAUUUGAAAUAUAAAUAAAUAUAUAUAUUUAGCUAGCUGGGGUGGGUGGAAGUUAGUGGGGAAUUAUGGAAUUCGGUGUUAGGCUAGCUAAGGGUUAAUGUUAAAGGUUUUUUUUGUUUUUUUUAAAGUAAAAGGAAAAUGUUUUAAUAAUGUUUAAAAAAAAAAAAAAGUGUAAAAAAUCCCACUCCUAAUAAAAAUUAACCCCUUCCCUGCCGCUUGAAAAAUGAUCCCACACUAAGGUUCAAAAUAUGCCUUUUGAAAUACCCUGGCAUGUCUUCUUUAAGAAAUGGUAUGCCUUUAUGGUGUAGCUGGAAUAUGUAGCUUGCUUAAGUGCUCCAAAGUGGGACACGGACACAUAAAAACCCUCCAUGAAAAUUCACACUUAAAAACCUGAACUUGUCACGUCUCUUUUACAGCACUGUAACUUCACAAAAUAGUCUCUGUCAUAUAUUGGGCAUAGUGUAUUACUCAGAAGAUGUAUCAGAGCAUAAUUUAGGGGAUUUUCUGACAGUGGUACAUAUCAAGUGUAAGAAAUGCCUUCUAUACUCGAGUAUAAGUCGCGUUUUUCAGCACAUUUUUUGUGCUGAAAAACCCACACUCGAGUCACUGUCUGUAUUAUGUCAACUUACAUUGCCAUAAUACAGACCAGGACCGCCGGGCUCAUUACAAGCCCAGGUGUCCUGUUGGGGGCUGGCAGAGAGCUGUAACUUACCUUUCCUGCAGCUCCUGUCAGCUCCCUUUUCUCUCCUCCGGUCAGCUCCACUGUAAAUCUCGCGAGAGCCGCGGGGAACGCUCCGCGCGGCCACGAAACUUACAGUGGAGGAGAAGGGAGCUGACCGGAGGAGAGAGAAGGGAGCUGACAGGAGCUGCAGGAAAGGUAAGUUACAGCUAGCUGCCAGCCCCCCUGCUACACAGCCCAUCUACUGGACCACCAGGGAAUGAGAGCCCCCCUCCCUGGCCAGCUAACAAGCAGGGAGGGGGACAAAAAUAAAUAUAAAUAAAAAAUUAAAUAAUGAUAUAAUAAAAAAUAUAUAUAAUUAAAAAAUAAUAAUAAAAAUGCCCCCCCCGCCCCCCCACCAAGGCUCUGCAUCACAUACACACACAUACACACUGCAUUAUAUAUACACACACUGCAUUCAUUGUAUACACACACUGUAAAUAAACAAUUAAUAUCAUUUUUGGGGAUCUAAUUUUAUUUAGAAAUUUACCAGUAGCUGCUGCAUUUCCCACCCAAGUCUUAUACUCGAGUCAAUACGUUUUCCCAUUUUGGGGGGGUAAAAUUAGGGGUGUCGACUUAUACUCGAGUAUAUGCGAUACUCUGGAAAAUGAAACAUGUAUGUAAAAAUGCCAUUUUAUUUAACCUCACCUCAAACAUUGACCUAAAUUGGUGAACAAAUAGUGACACGUUAAGGCACAAUACACACCAUAUAAGAUACCCUGGGCUGUCUGCUUUAUCAAAUGGAAGCCCUUUGUAGGGUUAUUUGAACAGUCAAACAACGAUAAUACCCCAAAAUGAGACAUAGAUGGAUAUGAUGGAUCUAUGAAAAUUCUAACUAUAGAAACUGAAAUAGCCUUGUCUCUUAUACGGCAUUGUAGCUUCACAGAAUAGUGCUAAAGGCAUACAAUGGGGGUAUGGUUAUAAACAGCAGAUGUAGCUGAACACAAUAUGGGGUGCUAUGCAGGAAUAGCACACACCAACUUUACGAAAUACACAUUACAAAAACCUUGUUAUGUGUGUAUAUGCCAAAAUAGAGAGAAAACACAAUUUUGCUCCAAUAUUUAGCAGAGAUUGGCGAUGAAAUGGCUACGUAAAAAAGUGUCAAACUAACCUUAGGUAAUGGCUACUAAACCUACAAGACAAACAUACCAUCUUCUAAAAUGGUUUCAUAUAGAAAUUUUAUUUUAGUAACUUUCAAAAUAAGCUGAAAUCCUAUACAUAUUAUGUACUCUAUAAAUCAAGACACAUAAAAGAUGAAUUACUUUUUCUAAUUUUCCCAGAAUUAUUGUGUACCAAAGAAACUUGGCUUAGAAUGAGCACUGUUACCAGAGUUCAUCCCAUCAAACACUUGUGAAUAAUUUACUAAUCUUUCCUCUAUUACAGAAAAUCAGUAUGCACACUUUUCUUUUUUUUCUGGAUUCUAAUGUGUGCUGUAAAAUGGUCCCACUAAACCAAUAGCAUAAGUUGCAUGAUGUGUAAAAAAAAAAUAAAAAAAUUAUAUAUAUAUAUAUAUAUAUAUAUAUAUAUAUAUAUAUAUAUAUAUAUAUUUUGAUGCUGGCAUCAUCUGGCAGUGUUUCUGUCAUUCUUGCUCAGUGCCUACAAAUCAUUCCCAGCAUGGAAAGAAAUCCCUCUCUGUGCAAAUGGACAAUAAGGUAACAUCAGGUUUUAAACAUACCCAUUUUACAACUUAAAUGCCUGUUUACCUUUUAUUGGUGUUUGAGAUCUCACGAAAGCAGGAAGGAUGAGGGGGAAGAAACUACAAAAAGUGAAAUAUUUGCCAGAUGUGAGUACGUAGAGCUGUAAUCUAACCCCAGCUCACUUAUUGUGUUCCAGUUUUUAGAUUUGCACUUGGGCAAUCCGUUCAUUUUAUAGUUUGUCUUGUGAAUUGGCAUUAAUAAAAAAAAAAAUAUAUAUAUAUAUAUAUAUAUAUAUAUAUAUUGCCAGAUGAUGCCAGCAUCACAAAUAUUUAUAGUUAAAUUCCCCCCUCUUAUAAUAUUGUAAUUGGCGUCCUAACUCCUAUAGACUGUAAGCUUGUUUAAGCAGGGCCCUCUUCAACCUAUUGUUCCUGUAAUUGUCUCAUUUAUAGUUAACGCUCCCACUUUUGAUAAUAUUAUAAAGCGCUGGCGCUAAAUAAAUACCAGUAAUAAAAAAUAUAUAUAUAUAUAUAAUAUACAAUUUUUAAAGUAGAUAAAUGUGUGAGUAUUUUAAAUACAUUAAGUCUAACGGAGUUAAUAUAAAAAAAAUGCAAAAUUUAAGCUGUUAUAGCUGAUUUGGCAGAUUUUGGGCUGUUUUGGUCUUCAUUUUGUAAUUCAAUGUUUAGUAAAUAAACACCUCCCCUCCCCUAUGACACUCAAAGUAUGUACGGUCACAUAGACAGGUGUGUAGAAAUCAACACUAAGCUGGAAGUACACAUCACUAUAUUUAAUAAAAUGGAAAAAUGUUGUUUCACAAUUCACUGUUCUAGUGACUGUUCUAUAACAAAAUGUGUGUACAUCAAACUAAUUCCCCUUUUUUUUUUUUUUAUUCAGAAUUUAUAUAUGAAAAAUACAAAGCAUCUGUUUAACAGAAUUGGCAUUACAUCUAUAAUGUGACAUAACCUGGAGAGAACACAGGCCUUCAUGAAUAUUUAUUGGAAUGGAUGUAAAUGCUUCUGUUGAUGCAAUAUUUUGUUUAAAAAAAAAACAAAAAAAACUCUUUUGGUAGUCGGACUGUAUGCUAAGCCAAUUGUUUCCAUGGUUCAAGGGACUCUAUAGGCACUAAAACCACUUUAGCUUAAUACAGCAGCUUUAGUGUGUAUAUUAUGUUCCUGCAAACUCACUGAUCCGUUCUCUGCCAUUUAUGAUUUAAUUCACUUUGUUAUACAGUCCUAGUCACAUCUCCCUGCAUGCAACCUGGACUGCCUUCCUGAAUACUGUAAAGAGGUAUCUAAUGUUUAAACUUCCUUAAUUGCACAGUCUGUUUAAUUUAGAAUUUCUUAUCUCUUGGUCUGUUAAUAGCCUUCAAGACUCUGCAGCCUUCUGUGUGGUUUUUUAAAGUUACAUUUACAGAGCAGGGGACAAAAACAUUUAAAGCAAGUUAAGAUCUGAUUGAAAAUGAAACCACUUUUUUAAUGCAAGCCGUGUGAGUCACAGCCAGCGGAGGUGUGGCUAUGGUUGCAAAAACAGAAACCUAAGUAAUUGAACUGCUAAUUGGCAGAUAAUUGAGCAGUGAGACUGCAGGGGCAUGAUCUAUACACCAAAACUGUUUAAUUAAAGGGUUGCUCCAACCACCAUGACCACUUCUGCUUUUUGAAGUGAUCAUGGUGGUAGGAGUCUAGAUCAGCUUAAAACGAUGCACAGAGAUAUUUGAGAUAAUUUUUAAUUGUCUUCUUGGUACACAUUGCACUCCAAGCACAUGUGACUUAGGCAGCCCAGAACUCUGUUCUGGGCUUUUCAUUGUCAAUACUGUGCAUACUUUGUCAGCACACACUGCCAAAAGGCAGAGCCUGCAAGGGAAAAGCUCUUGUGUUUCCUCCCACCCAGACUGAAGAAAGUCCUCCUGCUGCCCUAUCACGUCUAUAUUUGUAAUUGACCGCCCUCUCUCCUGCUCUAUUCCCUCCUUUUCCUUCUCAUCGUACACGCUGAGUUUGUGCAUACACUCUGCCAUUUAAAUCCUCCAAUUAAAGUCUUCUCUGUGAGAAGCCUUCGAAUGUACCUUGACGCGGACUCUGUGAGGUCACACAGAGGUGAGACGAGCAGUGUUGGGGAGCUUCGCCCGGCACUUGAUUUGUGGUAACUAAACUUUCUCUCAGAAUGCUUUGAGGGAAACAGAAUAAUGCCAAUAAGUUGUUCUAUAGUACCCUUCCUAAUAGUAGCAUAUUCUCCCAGUAGAAGCCCAUUUCCUCCUCACCCCUGUCCUCUCCUAUCCAAAAGUAGCCCAUUUCUAUACCCCUCCUCUUCUUCCUAAUAGUAGCCCAUCCCCUCCAAUCCUCUCCUUCUUAAAAGUAGCGCAUUUCCCCUGCCUGUCCUUCUCUUGUCUCUCUUCUCAUUAGUAGCCUAUUCUGCCUCCUCCCUCCCUUUUUCUGUAGUAAUGCCGUUGCCUACACAUCCUCCCCUUUCAGGAUGUAGAAUGCAGUGCUGUGGAGUUGGAAACAUUUUUGGGUUCCUGGAGUCGGUAAAAAUGUAUCAUAUGUGCCAGCAUAUAAGUCCUCCCCCAAACUAAAAGUAAGAAGUUGGACGCUUAGGCCUAUAUUCGCUGGAUAAGUCGACCCCUAAAAUAAUGUGCCACUUUUGGGCAUAGGCCAGGCAUGCGGACUCAUACACUAAAGAUGUUGCUAAAACCUGUUGAUUUCACCUUAAAAAUAUUGCCCGCAUCCACCCCUUUCUCACGCAAGAGGCUGCCAAGGAGCUUGUUCAUGCUCUGGUAAUCUCUUGCAUGGAUUACUGUACUUCUCUCCUAGUUGGUCUCUGCAAAAGCCGAACUGCCCUGCUACAAUUGGUAAUGAAUGCUGCCGCCAGGCUGAUCUUUCUCACUCGUCUUUCCUCCCAUACCUCGCCCUUCUGUCGAUCCUUGCACUGGCUUCCUGUAUCAUAUAGGUGUUAAUACUAACCCUUACCUAUAAAGCUCUAGCCCUUCUUACAUUUCUUCCCUGAUUCAUAGAUAUGCCCUCCCUUUCAUAAUAUUGUAAAUAUAUAAAUACCAAUAAUAAUAAUAAUUUGUGGCUAGGGUAGGAAGCAGAAGUCAACAAAUAGUUCAGUUACAUAUAAAUGUUGUUUUACUUACUGUAAACAAUUAUUAAAGGGACACUAAAGUCACCUGAACAACUACAGCUUAAUGUAUAUGUUCAGGUAUGAUCUAUAGCUCCCUGCAGGCAAUCUAAUGUAAACACUGUAUUUUUUCAUGAGGCUCCCGGCGCUGGAACCAGGUAAGUUAAAACUGCUGCCUGGAGAGUCCCUUUAAAGGACCACUCUAGGCACCCAGACCACUUCAGCUUAAUGAAGUGGUCUGGGUGCCAGGUCCAGCUAGGGUUAACCCAUUUUUUCAUAAACAUAGCAGUUUCAGAGAUAUUUGUAAAUUUGUGGUUAAUGUAUCAAGGAUGUUUUUAAUUAUAGCAAUGUCUGUAUUGCCCAACCUUUUCAACAUUUUGUAUAUGGUUACCUAUCACAUUACAGUGUGUGCUGGGUUUAUUGAAACUGCUAUGUUUAUGAAUGGUUUAAGCCUUCCCCCUAAUCCUCUAGUGGCACCCUCAGGGCACUAUAGUGCCAGGAAAACGAGUAUGUUUUCCUGGCACUAUAGUGGUCCUUUAAGAUGGUCAGAGUUUAAACGUAAACAAACAAAAGGCAUAUAGUGUUUUUUUUGCAAAUAGUUGAUGAGUGUAUAUCUCUCCAGUCAGUCAGCGUUUUUACAUACUACUGAUAUGAUACCGCAAGUGGUAAUGUCCAGUUCUAGUUCUCCUGUCAUUUAUAUAUGAAGAGUAAAUAAUGGCCAGAUAUCAACUUUAUUUUCAACUUGGUUGUAGACCUCUGUUUUGGGAGAUUUUUUAUGCUUAAAAUAUUGACUUGCAUGUCGGCACAUAUGGUAAUUACAAUACAGUUGUGCAGUACACAACAUAAGGAGUGUAAGUUAAAGGUUUUGUGUACCUACUAACAGCUUUGGUAGCCUGUUCUCUCCCUACUCUGCCCAGUAGUAGCAGCAGCCCAUUCCCCCACUUUUAUUCACAAUUGUACUAAAAGCAGCUCAUCCUACUCCUCUCAUUCACCGCAGUAGUAGCGGCCCAUCCUACUCCUCUCAUUCACCGCAGUAGUAGCGGCCCAUCCUACUCCUCUCAUUCACCGCAGUAGUAGCGGCCCAUCCUACUCCUCUCAUUUACCGCAGUAGUAGCGGCCCAUCCUACUCCUCUCAUCCUUAGUGGCCGAUACCAAUAUUGCCGAAAAUACCGAAUAUCGGCCAAUAAUAUCGGUAGAACCGAUAAUCACUUGAUCCCUAUUUGUAGACUACUGGUGGAGGCAAGAACACUUCACACAAUUUCCCCAGAAAUUGUAGCUUUUCUAGUUUAUUUAUAAAAUAUUUUACCAGUAAAGAUACAUUGAGAUUUCUCUCGUUUUCAAGUAUGUCCUGGGUCUACAAAACAUUGCAUUGAUACAUUAUGGUACAGUAAAAUACAAAAACAAUAUUAAUACACAAUAUACAUACAAUUUAACAUGGAAUAGGUAGUAAAUAUAUAAUCAUCCAUAUCCCGUGGAUUCUGUUUUGAGGUGUGUAGAGAGGGAUAUCUUAAAGGACUUUAGGCUUGGGGAAGAUUUUAAAGUGUGCGGGAGGUCGUUCCACAAUUGUGGCGCUCUGUAGGAGAAGAAGGAUCGGGCUGCUUUCUUUUUGUAUUGAGGUAGACUAAAUAAAGUGCUGGUACCGGAUAGGAGGUUAUAGUAGGGGUGAAUAGUCGAGGAGAGCAUUUUGCUCUGGUAGGGUGGGAGUUUCCCAGAAAAGCUUUUAAACACAAGGCUGGAAAGAUGAAGGGUGCAUCUGGAUUCCAGCGACAGCCAGUUUAGUUCUUUUAGCAUGUCACAAUGGUGGGUCCUGUAAUUACAUUGUAGCACAAAUCGGCAGAAUGAGUUAAACUAUGUAUUGAGUUUAUUAAUUUGGGAUUGCGGUGCAGAUGCAUAUAGUACAUCCCGAUAAUCACUUUGAAGGAAAACUAUUAUUUCAACAUUAAUAUUCUUAAGCAUCUUUAUUGGCUUAGUUUUGACCCCGUCCCCCACACUUUUCGCUUUAAAAAUUUUACAGUAAAGAACCCUUUAUUUACUUUUGUUUCCAGUGCUGAGACUUAGUCUGCGCAGCCGACUGCUAGACCUCCCGUCUCGUCUUCCAGCAGGCUGACUUUUUUAGAGAAGCAUUGUGGACGAGAUGCAUAUGCAUGGCAAGCACCCUGCUCCUCCAAUCGAAUGCUUCUCAAAUGACAAACACCAGAGGAUUUCAAAUGUACUCCUGCAAUGCAAGAGUACAUUGAACGUCAAAGAGCCAAGUCUGACUUUGGUGUGGGUCCGGAAGCACCAUCUAGUGGCUGGCAGAAAAACAAACACAAGAGGUGUGUUUAGCCCUGCAAUGCAAACAUUGACCUGCAGGACUAAAAUGGGACACAGCACACAGAUCUCUUCAUCUCUUCAUAGAGAUAAGUGGGUCUGGGUGCCUCUCGUGUGCCUUUAAAAGGUUUUAAUAUCCACCAUGGAUAGUCUACACAUUGUAACACAUUACAACUUUAGCUCUAAUCAAUCAUUGUAUGUAAUGAAGCAAUUUUCCCCCCAUUAUUCUUUCUGCUGUUAACAUGUCAUGUGAACUUGGCUGCCGCUAUGGGAAGGCAAUGACUAAUCUAUUUUAUUUUAAAGAAUGCCAGCAAUAUUGCAUAAUUUAACAGUGAUAUUUGUAAAUUUGUGGUUAAUGUAUCAAGGAUGUUUUUAAUUAUAGCAAUGUCUGUAUUGCCCAACCUUUUCAACAUUUUGUAUAUGGUUACCUAUCACAUUACAGUGUGUGCUGGGUUUAUUGAAUUGAAGUACAAUACAUGUUUUAUAUUCAUUAUAAUGAAUACAUACAUUUAUUUAGGCAUACCUGCUUAGGAUCCUGUGUGACAGUGUUAAUUUCUUUUGCUUUUUUUUUUUUUAUAUAUAUAUAUAUAUAUAUAUAUAUAUAAUUUCUCUAAACUUUGUUUCUUAUAAUUAAUGGCAGUCUUGCGGUGGAGGGAAAUGCUUUUUGGAUUUACAAGAAAGUAGAACUUUUUAGAAGCAGCCUGUAUGUAGCACUUUGUCUUAAAUCUCCUCUCCAGCAGCAGUAAUUGUUUAGAUUUGUCCAUCCAUGUAAAUGAUGUUGGGUAAUUGCACUCUGCCCUGACACCCUCGCCCUUCUACAUUUGAGUCUUCUGCAAAAAUGCUUGAGGGGUUACCCACAUGUUUGUAUACAGAUAAUAAAUUUGCAUGGGAGGUUGAUUUGGGGAUACCCAUACUAGAGUACCUGUCCCUUGCAGAAAAAUAUAUUGUGUUAGAACAUUCUUCAAACACUUAAAACCAUAAAGGUUUAUACUAGAAAUAUUAAAGGGACACUAUAGGCAUCAAAUCAACAUUAGUUUAAUUAAGUAGAAGUCACACAGCUCAAUUAUCUAACAUUUAAGAGUUAGGUAUUUUUGUUGAUACAGUCCUAGCCACACCUUACUGCACAUGACUUUCACAGCCUUCCUAAACACUUCCUUUAAAGUGAGAUCUAAUGUUUAAAAUUCCUUUAUUCCACAGUAUGUUUAAGUGAUAAUUUGUUAUAUCCUACUCUUUAAAUAGCCUUCUAGACCACGCAGGAGCAUGAUUAAAGUUAAAUUUAAGUGGCAGGACCAGGUUAACAUCUGAUUAACUAACAAUGAAACCAUUUUUUCAUGUAGGUGGUGAGUCACAGCCAAGGGAGGUGUGGCUAGGCCAGCAUAAACAGAAACAAAAGUUAUAUUAUUAUUGGCAGUUAUAUAGCGUCAAAAAAAAUUUGUAGCGCUUUACAAUAUUACAAGAGGGAGAGAUUUAACAAUAAAUGACAAGUACAAAAACUUACAGGAACAAUAGGUUAGAGAGGACACCACUCAAACGAGCUUACAUAGGUCAUAAAUAGCAGAGAAUUGAGCAGUGAGAAUGCAGGGGCAUGAUCUAUACACAGAAACUGCUUCAUUGAGCUAGAGUUGAUUUGGUGUCUGUAGUGUCCCUUUAAGGAACAUUUAACAUGGUUUUCUCAAUCUGUAUAGAUCAAGCUUUGUUUUUGUGGGCUCUUGCACGUUAUGCAGUUGUAAAUCUUGUAUUCCUGAAAAUAGCAGACACUUGACUUGAUUCAAUUUAUUUUGCAGAAAUUGGUUUUAAGCGGCAUUGUCAUGGCCGAACCCAGUUUUGGUUUUAUCCCCCCUCCCUACUCCACUACAUAUAAUUGUCCCCCUAUUCACUCCCAAAUGCCCCUAAGCCUCCCAUAUUACCUAUUUUUUAAUCUUUAUUUUCUGCCCGGACUUAGGUCCUGGGCGCUGCCAUCUUUGUGUGGGUAGAUAUAGUCCCUGUUGGACACGUCAUCUGCCCACACUAGAUAGCACUGUGAAAUUCCCGCGCAUGCCCAGUUAAGCAUUCGAAUGGGAAUUUCAUCCAUUCAUUCGUCAGAAAGACGAAUAAAUGAAUACAAAUUUCAAACAAAUGAAUAAAGUCGGUUAGUUUGUUUGGUUUAUUACAAGAAUUACAAGAAGGGAGCUACCGGCUCACAGCUCCCUCUUUGUAAUCUGUAAAAAUAGAAGCGGCAGGGAGCAAUGUUCCCUGCCACUUCCUAAGCCCCCCAUGUCCUCCCUCACUCUAUUGGGGUCAAUAUGACCUCCAUAAUAGCAUAAGGAAAAUUAAAAUAUCCCAAACGCCCCUACUCACGGCAUAUUGUCCUCCCCCGGCCCCCACCCAUGAGCGUCGGGUGGGGCCCUAAAUGAAAAUGGGGCGUGGGACCUAUUGUCCUCCCUCGCCCCCACCCAGGAGUGGUGGGUGGUGGCCCUAAAUUACAGUAAAGGGGGGGAUCUAUUGCACUCCCCCAGGCCCCCACCCAUGAGCAGUGUGGGGAGCCCUAAAUUAAAAGAUUAAAAUCCAACCAAUCAGAGUGCUCGGAGUAAUUUUACACAGCGUGGGAAAGUUCUUUGGAGUUUUCCCAUGCUGUGUAAUUUGACUCAUAACUCUCUGGUUGUCAGUCUCUUCAUUUACCUGUACCUGUCAGUCUCUUCAUUUACCUGUCAGAGCACUCUGAUUGGUUGGCUUGGAAUCAAUUUUUUUUUUUUUUUUGCGCUCAGGUUUUUAUGGCAUUUCCUGGGGGCCCACGGCAGUCCUGGGGAGCCCAGCACACGAUUACUUACCUUCCCAGGAGCUCCCCUGUCUAACUCUCGCGUCCUGUGUGCCGCGUGGAGCGUUGCCAUGGUAACAGUGUCAACGCUUUGAUGGCCACGGGACUUGCAAGAGUUACACAGGGGAGCUGAAGGGAUGGUAAGUAAGAGUGUGCUGGGCCACCAUGGACCCCCAGGACCCUGAUGGCGGUCCUGGUCUGCAUUAUCGGCAAUAUCAGUAUCUUUAUUGGCCGAUACCGAUAUUGUUGAAAAUACAGAAUAUCAGACAGACUGAUAAUUGGUCGAUCCCUAAUUUUCUGAUUUUCCCUCCCUCCCCCUCCCCCUGUUUUACUUCGGCUGGAGGGGCAACAUUUCCUGCAAUCUCUGGUCCCAGUGGUGAGAGUAAACUCUAGCAGCCUCAGGAGUAACCGCGGCAAUGCUCUGAGCUCGCGAGAGGAGAAGCCAGCGGAGCUGCAGGUUAGCGCUUCCCCGGGUCCUCUCUCUCCCCUUCCCCUGCCGGCUGCCAGCAUUACACUGCUAGCGGGUCAAAGAGGGAGAUCUCUGAUCUCCCCUACGGUCCUGCAGAGCCGGCCGGGGAGAGGGAGGCACAGUUCCCAGUGCUAUCAUCAUAGCACUGGGAAAAUAUCUUGCGGCUCCCCUGUGUGCACACAGUUUGGGAACUGCUGGUUUAGACAUUGGCAUAGCAUUUAUUCUGCACUCUUAACAGUAUAUUUAAACAUUUGUUUAUUUACAGCAUCUUUUUCUUGUAAGGAAACAUAAUACCUACUGAACAGUUGAUUAGAUUUGCAUUUCAUGACCAAUUAGUCACUGGUUUUGCAGACUUGUAAUUUCAAUGAAAUUGUUCUCGAAUGAAGAAUCAGUCUUUGCCCUGAUUGACUUUUUCUUCAUGGGUAGAUUUUUAUUUAUUUUUUCUCAAACAUUUACAAGCAGGAACAUGCCAAACAUCUGUUAACCCCCAUUUUCCAUGUCCCUGAUACCUUUGUGUAUACACAACAUGGAGACACCAGAGAAAGAUCUCUAGAAAGAGAAGCAUGAAUAGUUCGGGUUAUGUGUCCACACAGCUUCUUAGUGCGGUACUGUCCAACCCAAAUAAUUAUACAAUUAAGCAUUUCACCCAUUUAUGAGUGCACUGUAAAUUCACCAUGCUCUUUGAAAUAAAGGUGCAUGGUUUUAAUUCAGAUAUUCUGUGCACCGUAUGUGGGCAUUAUUCCUACAUAGUUGAAAUGUUUGCAUUCUACUGGCAUUCCUUAAUCAGCAGAUUACUUAUAAAUAACAAAAUUGCAGAAUAUUUGAUUAGUUUUUACCAUAAGUACUGUUGCAAAAAAUAGUAGAUGUACAUCUUCACUAAUUAUUCAGAAUCUGUAAGAGGCACUGCAAGGAAGAGUGAUGAGUUUUUAAAGGGAAACUAUAGUGCCAUGAAAACAGUUGUUUCCUGGCACUGUAGUGCCCCCCUCUGUUGCGCCAAUGUCAGCUACCAGGAAAAACCAAAUGCGUGGCAAUGCCCUCUCUUGUAUUAGUAUUUCCCCCAUAGGAAGUCCCUCUAGUGUCUGUCUCGUAGACAACCACUAUGAAUGGAGUUAACUCUCAAAGGUAAUUCUUGCAGUUUAUUAAAAUUGCAAUAAUUACCUUUUGUAGGGUUAAGGUACCUGGCACCAUACAUUAAGACCACUUCAAUGAGCUAAAGUGGUCUGAGUGCGUAUAGUCCCUUACAUCUUUGUGUUACCCUUGGUCCAUGUGUUGGAAGCAGGAAAAAAAGGGGCAAGCGAAAACAGUGACUUUGACAAAGGUGAAAUAGUGAUGGCUGGACUGGUGGAUUAGAGCAUCUCUAAAACAGUGAACUGGCGUCAGUGUUCUGGGUGCCCAAGGCUCAUUGAUACACACGGGGAGAGAAGGUUAGCCCAUCUGGUCCAAUCACAUAGAAGUAUACUGUAGCUCAGAUUGCUGAACAACCCAAUGCUGGCCAUGAUGGAAAGGUGAGAGAACACACAAUGCAUCUCCGUAUGCUGUUUACCACAGACCGCUCAGAGUACCUAUGAUGACUCCUGACCGCUGAGGGUCAGACCUGGUGCAAAGGAAGAAGAUUGCCUGGUCUAAUGAAUCAUGUUUUUCUUUUAGAUCAGGUGGAUUGCCCAGUGCGUGUGCGUCAUUUACGUGGGAAGCAAUUGUAGCAGAACGCACUAUGGGAAGAAGGCAGGCCGCCAGCAGCGUUUUCUGCUAGAAACCAUAGGUCCUGGCAUCCAUGUGGAUGCUACUUUGACAUGUACCACAUACGUAGAGUUUGAUUUACACCACGUACACCCUUUCAUGGCAACUGUGUUCACUGAUGAAAGUGGCCUUUUUCAGCAGGAUAAGGCAACCCAGCCUUAAAAUGAGACAAUCUUCAUGGAAACCAGUAGAACUAACAAACACAUUCCAUUGGUGACUCUUCCUGUACAUCUUCACACCAAUUUUUAGAAUAAGAAACUUUAUUUAAGAUUAUCUUAAAUCAAAUUCUUUUGAUUGGUUUGCCUAAAGAGGUAGGGUUGGCAUCCAGAUUAGGGAGAGCAUGUGACAUUUUUUCCAUGGGGUUUUUUAUGUGAUGUGAUGGUCACAAGGGUGUGCAGCAAAGCUACUGUGUAUCUCGCCAUCAAUAAGGAAUAAAAAGAGCAUAAAAUACACUGGGGUGGAGGGCUAGCAGCUGCCUAUAGCAAUCACCUUCGGCAGCGGUCGCUAUUCACAGAACUGCUUUAAAAUAUGGAGGGGCAGCCUGCCUCCCUUUCAGAUGGAUGCCCUAAGAACCUGUUGGAAAAAUUGGUUCUAGGAAGGAAAGGAAUACCAUAUAUACUCUAAACAUUAUUCCAUUUAUGUAUGCAAAUAUUAAAUGGAUGAAAUGUCACAUUAUUUUAUGUAUCUUGGAACGGUUAUCUAUUCCAUAAUUUGCUCCUCGUUCUAAUUUAAAAUGUGAUAUGUGUGAAAUGAACCUGUUUAUGAAGGGGUUAAAAUGUAAAAAAAAUAAAAAAUAUUUAAAAUGUUAAAAAAAUAUAUAUAUAUAUAUAUAUAUAUAUAUAUAUAUAUAUAUAUAUAUAUAUAUAUAUAUAUAUAUAUAUAUAUAUAAAUAAAAUAAAAAAAUUUUUUUUUUGCAGAAGUAGAACAAAAUGUUCUCUUUGCAGCAUGAGACCUGGAACGAAUUUCAGUUGAAAGGCACUUUUUAAGCCCUGUGUCUUGGUUAUGAUGCCAGGAGUACCCUGGCUUGGUUUCCCGGUACUAGGCCAAACAUUUAACAACUGUUUGCACCCGUAUCCGGGCCCUUCUAGGCUUCAUUGUUCCCUGGUGGCUGUCACAAUUCUUUGGAUGAGAGCAUCAGCUGACUGCUCUCGGUUAACUAAUGCAAUUGUGGGCAUUAAAACUUGCACAGGUUGACGUUCAGUAGCCCAGAACUCUCAAUUUGGACUGACUGAUGACACCCCAAUGACGCUGAGAGGUGUUGAUACACUACAGCAGAGGGAUUAAUCUUAGUUUUGUCUGUAUGUGCAGUGUUUCAUAGCAAAACACUGCACAUGCAGACUUCAGUCACCAUAACUACUUCAUAUCACUUACAUGGUCAUGGUGCUUGGGAAUCACCCUUUAAUGGCGUACACUUUAGGCACUAUAAUCACAGUUUUGCCUUUUAUACAGGCCAUGGUGCCAUGGAAUUCCCGGGCUCCUCAUCCUGUUUGUUGUUGCUGCAGUAAUUCGCAAAACAUUUUUACAUUUCUACUUCUAAUUUUCAAAAUUUUUGUUUUACUAUGUAAGCAAAAAACUGUUGUUAAAUACAUAAUCCUUGACCUAUGGACCUCUAAAAUUGUGUUAACAUGGUCAUGCUUCCCCUGGCACAGUUUGUAACACAUUUUAUGUUGGUUUCGGUAGUGUUUCUUGUCCAUUCAGAAUGUGUUGCUAUGCUGAUAGCCCCAAGGUGCUAUGAAUAGCACUUAUUUCAUGUCAUUUUUCACUGACCUAAUUGACCACGAUGACAAGAUUCACAAUGCAAACUUGUACAUCUGCUCUUGACCCGUGUUGGGAAUGCAGAAAAACAGAUUGCUCUCUUUCCUUUAUUGCUCUUGCAGUAUUCUGAAAGAGAAAAAAAAAAAUGUAGAGGAACUUUCCACCACCCAUAUUUCAUUUAACAGUAAUCACCAUGAAUGCAGCAUCCUCUGUGGCUUUCAGUUUUGAGAGCCACUUGGGAAUCACACUGAUUGAUGAAGCUGCUCAGGCACAUUUUUGUGGAUGUCUCUUCUCUGUAUUGUAGGAAGAUUAUUAUGGUUCUUUGUAUUUGUGUGUUGUUUCUUGGCUUUUACUUAUUCUUUCAAAUUUUUAUUUUUUUGGUUCAUUAUUGAAGGAACAUAAAAAAAUACUUUAUACAUUGUUCUUGUAAAAAAAAAAAAAAAAAAAUUAUAAUAAUUUAUAUAUAAUCUAUCUUUGCAUCUUUUCCUAAGUUCUGUUUCAAAGCUGUUGUAUACAACAAACACAGACUCAAAUGAAUCCAUGUUUAACCCCUUAAGGACGGAGCCAAAUGUACACGUUGUGAACAAAACAAAAUGUAAACAAAACCUGGCAUUUGCGCUACAUGUCUGUCUAACCGUAAUUCACCUUUCAUAUUAAAUGCACCCACCCUUAUUAUAUACCCUUUUAUUUAAUAUCAAAUAUUUAGCUAUGAAACAUAAUUUAAUAUGAAAAAAAUGGGAGAAAAUAAGAUUUUUUUUUUUUUGAUUUUUUUUUGUUCUACAUGACAUUUUAACUGUCAAUGUCAUAAUACUGUUUGCUUUUACUGCAAUAAAAUACACAUAUUUGUAUUCAGCAAAGUCUCACGUGUAAAACAGUACCCCCUAUGUACAGGUUUUAUGGCGUUUUGGGAAGUUACAGGGUCAAAUAUAACACGUUACAUUUGAAAUUGAAAUUCGCCAGAUUGGUUACGUUGCCUUUGAGACUGUAUAGUAGCCCAGGAAUGAAAUUUACACCCAUAAUGGCAUACCAUUUGCAAUAGUAGACAACCCAAGGUAUUUCAAAUGGGGUACGUCCAGUCUUUUUUCGUAGCCAUUUGGUCACAAACACUGGCCAAAGUUAGCAUUAGUAUUUGUUUGUGUGUGAAAAAUUCAAAAAACACCAAUUUUGGCCAGUGUUUGUGACUAAGUGGCUACUAAAAAAGACUUGACAUACCCCGUUUGCAAUGCCUUGGGUUGUCUACUAUUGCAAAUGGUAUGCCAUCAUAGGGGUAAUUUUCAUUAUUGGGCUACCAUAGGGUCUCAAAGGCAAUGUAACCAAUCUGGCGAAUUUUAAUGUGAAAAAAAUGAAACACAAGCCUUAUAUUUGACGCUGUAACUUUUGAAAACACCAUAAAACCUGUACAUGAGGGGUACUGUUGUACUCUGGAGACUUUGCUGAACACAAAUAUUUGUGUUUUAAAACAGUAAAAAGUAUCGCAGCAAUAAUAUCGUCCGUGUAAGUGCUGUUUGUGCUUGAUAAAUGCAAAAAAGUCCCUUUUACUGGCGAUAUCAUCGUUAUAAUACAUUUUACUGUUUUGAAACACUAAUAUUUGUGUUCAGCGAAGUCUCCCGAGUAGAACAGUACCCCCCAUGUACAGGUUUUAUGGUGUCUUGGAAAGUUAUAGGGUUAAAUAUAGUGCUAGCAAAUUAAAUUCCCUUUACUUUCGGCAUGGGUUGUCAGGCAGGUCCCGCUUGUAAUUAAUGAAGAUACCUAAUUAUGUAAAAAUAUUACAUAAAUAUAUAUGUAGAAUUAAUAUAUGUGUGUGUAUAUAUAUAAUAUAUAAUUUUUAAAAAAUAUUUUUAUAUAUAGUGAUAUAUACGUAUAUAUUUAUGUAUAUAGAUAUAUAUAUUAUUUCGUUCUACGUGUAUUUUGAUAUAAAUAUAUAUAUUAAUAUCACAAUACAGUUAGAACAAAAUAACACACAUCUAUAUAUUUUUUAAUUAUUUAUUUUAUUUUUUAAUUUUAUUUUUUAAGGUAUUUACAUAUUUUUAUAUAUAUAUAUAUAUAUAUAUAUAUAUAUAUAUAUAUAUAUAUAUAUAUAUAUAUAUAUAUAUAUAUAUUUAGAUACAUAUAUAUAUAUAUAUGUAUAUAUAUAUAUAUAUAUAUAUAAGUGUUCAAGUAGAGAUUGUAGCCGUAUUAGUCCAGUGAUGUAGAUGUAAAAAACAGAUAAAAUUCUUAUCUUGUAAUACCUUUUUUAUUGGACUAACAGAAUUUUUUAAUGACAAGCUUUCGGGAGAACCUCCCUUUCUCAAGUCUGAAAUGCUUCAGACUUGAGAAAGGGAGGUUCUCCCGAAAGCUUGUCAUUAAAAAAUUCUGUUAGUCCAAUAAAAAAGGUAUUACAAGAUAAGAAUUGUAUCUGUUUUUUACAUAUAUAUAUAUAUAUAUAUAUAUAUAUAUAUAUAAUAGUAAAAUACACCUAGACAGUGUAUGUGUAUAUAUAUAUAUAUGUAUAUAUGUGUAUAUAUAUAUAUAUAUAUAUGUAUGUAUAUAUAUACUUAGAACAUAUAUAUAUGUGUAUAUAUAAUCUAAGUAUAUAAUUUUUUUUUAAUUUUUUUUUUUACGCUUUAUUAAUUUAAUUUAUUUCCAGCCAGCAGGGGGACUAUCUGUCAUUACAGGUAGCCCCCCUGCUGGCAAUGCUGGAGCCAGCUAUCCUGGCCAUGUGAUUGUGAGGUCCUCGCAAGGACCUCACUCUCACAUGGCCAGGGGGGGCUUCAGGAGGACGAAUGUGCCGCGGGCGGCUCCUUGGGAGUCCCCCCAACCGCGAUCGCCGGCGUGGGACCGCCGGCGACCGGGUAAGUAAAGAAAGACCGUAGGGUGUACUAUUACGCCCGGCGGCGUUUAGAGCCGCCUAAAAUAGGGCGUAAUAGUACGCCCUCCGGUGUUAAGGGGUUAACAAAGCAUCACAUUUUUGCCUCAUUCCAUUUUAAACUAAUUUGCAUAUGCCCACCCAGAAUCCUUUGGGUUAGUAACAUUUUUUUUUUUUGUCAGAAAAGCAAGUCUUAUGGCUUGGCUGGUGUGCAGAUUUUUGUUAAACAUUGUAUUAUUUAUGUGUGUAUGUUUUUUAUAUAUAUAUAUAUAUAUAUAUAUAUAUAUAUAUAUAUUUAACAUUAUGGCCCUUCCUUCUCCAGUCAAUCAUUUCUCAUCCAAAUUGCUGCGAGAACUGGCCCCAACAAGCACAGUGUGAGCGCAUCAUUAGACACACUCUUGCCAUGCUCGGGGCAUUAGGACCCUGCAGAGGGCGCUACAACAGUGCUCCAUGUAUGGUCCACCAUUCCUGGGCCAGGAUACUUGACUGGCAGGCAGCCAACAAGGUGCAAAAUCUCCGUUCUGAAGAUUUUGACAAAGCAGGUAUAGAGGGGCAGAGAGAAACUGCUCCUGAGAGGAAUUGUUUAUGUUAAACCAUUUAUGAGUUAGAGGUUCUAAGUGCUGGUGAGACACUUUUUUUUUUUUUUGUGUGUGUUUCUCUUUCUGUGCCUUGAGACUGCUUUGAGCAACAUUGCUCAUAUGUCCUGCCUCCAGAACUUUUCUAAACAAAAAAAAUGAAGAUAUUAUUUAUUGUAUUUAAUUUUAUAUGUAAUCCAAGAUCUGUACUCUUAAUGCUAUAGUGACCAUGUUCCUGCUUGUAUUAAUGUUGUCGUCUCCCAGCGGGUGAAUAAAAACGUUUUAUUUUUUAUUUUUAUUUUUUAGAUUAUUAUCUUUAAAGGGACGUUAUAGUCACCAAAGCAACUUUAGCUUAAUGAAGCAGUUUUAGUGUAUAGGUCAGCCCCCCCCUCCCUGUCUGCUCACUGCUUAAUUCUCGGUCAUUUAUGAGUUAAAUCACAUUGUUUAUACAGCCCUAGUCACACCUUCUUGUGUGUAAUAUGCACAGCCUUCCUAACUACUGUACUUCAUGUAAAGAGAGAUCUAAUAUUUACACUUACUUUAUUGCAAUUUCUAUUUCAUUUAGAAUGUCUUACCUCUUGAAUAAAGAUGAAUUUACAGAGCAUGAGAUAAAAACUUCUAAAGAAAGUUAACAUCUGAUUGAAAUUUAGCACCUUAUGUUUAUCAUGUGCCUGUGUGACUAGGGUGGAAUAAACAAACAAAAGUGAUUUAACUCCUAUAUGUCAUAGAAUUGAGCAGUGAGAUUUCAGAGGCAUGAUCUACACUAAAACUGAUUCAUUAAGCUAAACUUGUUUUAAUGAAAAUAGUGUUCCUUUAAGCAAAAUAUCCUAGUUAUAAAUAUAGUAGAGUUGGAGAAGCCUGUAGCACUGAACAAGAAGCAAACAUCAAUAUAUAAAUUAAAAUGUGGACUUUUCUUCUUGCAGCGUUUAUUUCUGUGUGGUGGUAGUUUUUUUUAUUUUUUUUAUUUUGGUUAUUGUGGGAUCCACACCAUGUCUUAAAGAUGCUGAGAUGCUUUGGGAAAGUCUAUGCAGCAUGUGCCAUACUGCUGGUGUCUCCUAACAUUGGAUCUUUCUGAAUGUCUCCUAACACCAAAGGCUGUUGCUUUGCGCUGACUUUGUGCAGGAUAAGACUCUGGUACUUCCUGAACAGAAACACUCAAAUCUUAAGUGAGAGAAGAUCUUAAGAGUUGAGCAAAGAAGCCUGAAGAAGAGUGAUGGGAAAUGGAUGAUAAUGCACAUAACAUUAAGAUUGUUGAAAGAGACGGCGUAAAGAUAACAUGCAUACGUCUGAUAUGAACAAGGAAUAUAGACACUAAACAAUUCCUUAGCGGUGGUGUUAAAAUAUAUAUAUAUAUAUAUAUAAGUUCUUUACAUUUCUUUUUAUUUUUUUUAUAUCUAAACGUGUGUGCAUUUUUUAUUUUUUGGGUUUUUUUUAGCUAAAAUUUAUUUUGGCAGAAAACUUACAUCUUUCUCUCAUAUACAGUCAUGGGGGGAAAAAAGUACAUUCUCUUUAAAUUGUGCAGUUUUAUAUAUCACUGUGUGUGUGUGUGUAAAAUGUAUUUAAAAAUCUAGAGCAUUUCCUGUUUUAUAUGUAUUGGCAAUUACUCUUUUUAGUGUUUUGGGUUUUUUUUGAUAAUUUUUUGAUAUCUAAUCCAGGUUUUUAUGUAAAUUUUAAAAUAUCUACCUUUUAAUCUCCAAUUGUUUCUCCUCUCCCAUUACUUUAUAUGUCAGCUGUGUAGGGCUCAUUGGCAGCUCUCUGAUUGAGGUAGUUAAGGUUGGGUGCAGCGCCUGGCGAACCCAAAGUAAAAUGCCAAACCAAUUCUAAAACAGUUUGACUACUAAUAAUGGGUGGGGGUUGUCAGGCCAAUCGUGGCACCAUAACCACUACAGCGCUCUGUUCUGGUGCUAAGGGUGGAGAGUAACACAAGUUUAAAAGAAAGAAUCCUAAAUGAAGCAGAACUCACUGUUUAGUGAAUAGGUGACUGUGUGUUAGUAACAUUUUUACUAGCCAUAUUUUGUGGAUUCUAUUAAUAUUUUAUUUGAAUUAAACACACAGAAAAUACAUUCAGAAAUCCCUCUGUGUAAUGUUGGUGUUGAUAGGUGCAUCCGCAACUCCUAUUCAGGCAUAAAGAUGUAAGGCAAACGUGUAUUUCUGUUUAAUCUGAUAAGACACAAGGUUAUGCCCAGAAGAGAUGGUUCUGAUCGCAGAGCUGGGGUAUCAAUUGCAUUGAUGUCUUUGCAACUGGUGCCUGAGUAAGACCUAAUGUUUUGUCUUCAGAGCAUAUCAAAUGGUUAAAUUCAAUUUCAAGCAGCCAGUGCGACAUGAGCGAGGUCACCCAAAGUCAAAAUGAAAGUGAUCUCUCUUUCCAUAUUGAGUAGUUCAAUCUGAUCGGAAGAUAUUUUUGCAGCAGAGCAGAAAAGAAUAAAUUGAAGUACAAAAAAAAAGCCAACAUUUGGACCAUGAGGCAUUUUCUUUAUCUCUGAGCUUGUGUAAUGUUUUUUUAAAAAGGUAAAAUAGGGUUAAUACACACAAUUAUAGUGAGUAAAAUUUAAAAAACAAAGCACGUCCACAGCACUAACCUGUUCAGGAGAAGAAAGACCUCAUCAACCCAUAAUGCUCCAGGGGGUGCUCAUGCGCAAUUGGCCAUUCUUUCAGCAGUGGCAUUUUGCACAUGACACUAUAAUAUUUAACUUUUAUUAUUAUUAUUAUUAUUAUUAUUGCCAUUUAUAUAGUGCCAACAGAUUCCGUAGCGCUUUACAAUAUUAUGAGAGGGGGGAUUUAACUAUAAAUAGGACAAUUACAAGAAAACUUACAGGAACGAUAGGUUGAAGAGGACCCUGCUCAAACCAGCUUACAGUCUAUAGGUAUAUGUUACAGCUUUGUAAGUUUAAAAACUAUUGCAAGUUUAAAAAAAAAAAAAAAAAAAAAUCGCACAACCCUUUGCUACCUAUUUAGACCAAGUUAUGCACAAAUAUCUGGUUGUGACCGUUCAACUUGGCUACUUUUUCAGGUUAAUCCACUAAAUUGUGAAUUGACAAGAUAAUUUAGCAUUUAGACCAAAGCUGCUAAGUUCAAAGCCUGUUUUCCGCCUUUGCUGCUUUGCAAUUCUCCUGUAAAUUCACAGCAAUUCUCUAUUUUAUAGAUUAAGUCCUUUAAUAUUAACCCUUGUACCAGUGUUUGCAUUACAGCAGCUAUUAAUUAUAUCCCCCUUCUACAGGGAAAAAAAAAAACCAGGCCAGGGGGUUAGUUAAUUAACUUUAACAUGCUGAAAUAGAUUCCAGCUGCUUUCAUUGAGCGCUCCUUCUACUAGUCGUCUUGAUGAAAAGUAAAUAAACAAAACUCGAUUAAGAAUUCAACAUCUAACACUGCUAGGCAUAUUCUCAUAGAUAUCCAUACUCUUGUUCUCUUGUGAGAUUUUUUUUUUUUUUUUUUUUGGAAUGGCAAUGGCUGUAGAUGUAAAAGAAUAAACUUGUUAACAUUGACUUAAAGGAACAUUUAAAAAUCCUCUACCAUUGCACUUUUAAGGAACAUUGUAGAUCUGUAGGAAGUUGCAGCUAUUUGAAUAGAGAUUAGAACCUUUAUUGUAUCUCUGACAAAAGCAAGUAACACUAAUCUAAACAUACUCUAAUGAACUUCCAUCUAAAUGUCUGGCUGGUUGCCAUUCUAGCAAAGAAUCCAUGGUUAUUCCAAUGGCCGUAUGGUGAUAUAUUAUCACAUACUGGCUUGAGACCUCAAGCUAUCUAUGAUUUUAUUAAGAUAUUCAUUUGGGCUAUAUAGUUAACUUAAAGGGGUCCCCAAGAUCAUAUUUUAAAACAUUUUACCCCAUUCUUUAGUGAUUUCCAACAAACCAGAAUUUAGGCUUUUCUGAGUUUUGUGGAAAGAUGGGACGGGUCACAAAUUAGGACCACCUUGUCUUACCGACAACAGGUAGGGGGUAUGCAGAGACGCUCACGAACACCACACUGCAUAACAAGCUGUUUCUAACUACGUCUCAGCCUUCUCUCUAUUAUUAAUGGAUAUUUAUGAGGUAGGCACUCAGCACUCUACCUGUUGUGUAUGAUACGGGUGCAGACAUCAAGGACUUCGACUCUAGUCUACCGUAACCAUAAUAAUGAAGAAAAGAGCCUCAACACCAGCUUCAAUAUAGAGGUGAUGUUUAAUUCCAUCAUCAAACAAGCAAACCUGCCAAUGUUUCAUCCAGUUAAGGCUUGGCUUUACAAAUUUGCGUUGAAUUUAGGAGCUAGCUAAAAAGGUUAUGGGCCAGUUUCUUUCAACAACAAAAAUACAAUUGUUAAAGGAACACUAUAGUCACCUUAACUACUACAGCUUAAUUGUGUCUAUAGCCUGUCCCUGCAGGCUUUUCAAUGUAAACAGCGAGAGAAGGCAGGGUGUUUACAUUGCUGGCUAGUAACACCACCAGUAGCAGUCACUCAAAUAGCCACUAAAGUGUCUAUCUCAAUGUGCAGAAUCUACAUUCAGCAUCUCCAUGCUCUGUGUGGAGGCGCUGUACGUUCUCUAUAGAGAUGCAUUGAUUUAAUGCAUUUUUGUAUGAGGACAUGUUUAUUGGUGCAGCAUUUUGCCACACGUGCUCAAUAGCUUCCAAUGCUUUCCUAUGAAGGCAGGCCCGCCGCGGUGAGACAGGCAUGGCAUGGCGUUGGGGGGAAGUGAGUAAAAAACAGCAUUCCUAUGUGACCAGAGGGGGGCUAGUGACCUAAACAUACACUGACAGACACCUGGACUGGCACACACACAUACAAUUAAUUUUUUUUAUUAUUAGAUACCCUCAAAUACAAACACACACAAAGACUUCUAGAUACUCCCAGUCAAAUGAAUUACUCCCUGGUGCUGAGACCACGGAGGGGAAGCAACAUGCUCUGCGGAAUUGAGCAGAGCAGAUUUUACAUGGUGUCCUGCCAGCUUGCAGUUCCCUUCACUUCUGGUGCACCGACGGACGGAGAGCUGCAUGAGGAUUGAGACAGGAAGAGGGAAUGGAUUGAUCAAUCCCAUUUUUCGAGCUUUGAGUUAAGGUUUUUGUCAAGCGGGAUAAAACGUCAUUAAGUUUGUGUUGCAGCUCUUUCCUUCUUUUUUUUAUCAUAUUUACCAAAGUAUUAUUCAUCAGGUGUAAAUAUCCACAUUUCUUUCUGACUAUUAAAUUCUGACAUUCAUUUGGUUGUAAAGCCAACCACUGCUUCAUGUUUUGUGUUGCUUUGAGGAAGUGUACACUAUUGUUAUAACUUAUAUGGUGCUUACAUAUUCCUGAGUAUAUUAUUACCCUUAGUACACGUUCCUCGUGUGGUGCAGUUGGCAGAUGUUUCCUGCCGUUAACAUCUUGCAGAUGUGAAGUAUUCUCUUCUACCUGCUGCCUCUCUCCCCAUUAUCACUUUUAGAUGGUUUGCUCUUACGCCAUCUCCCUUUCCACUUUUUAAAAGAGUUGUGCUAGGCUCACAUACUGGGGUCUCCUUUUUUCAAGUGUCAGUCUGUCUAAAUAUAAAUGUGCAUGUGCCAACAUUUCAUAAAUAUUUUCAAAGCCCUAAGAUUUUACUUUUUAUUAGUUGCUAUACAAAGCUACUGUGGACUCACGUUUUUCUUGGAUUCCGCAAACCAUAUGAGGGUGACUGGAGUUAUAUUCCACAUUAACUGUUUUGUAAUUGGUUGCCUCCCAAUCCUAUUACAACUGAUGUUUUAAUUCCUACAAGCUCCAGCCAGAAUCUCACUGCGUACAUUGAGAGUUGUAGUCCAGCAGUGGCAACAUCAACAAAUUUAAUGGGACAUAAAUUCCAAACAGUGGCUUGUCAAAUACUAAAGGUAGGGAUGAGUUUUUCUCAUCGGCCACACUCUGCAUGGAGGCGCUGUAUCUUUCCCAGAGAGAUGCACUGAUUCACUACGAGGAGAUGCUGACUGGUGCAGUGCGGUGUUUUGACACGCAUUUGCAAUAACCUAACAAUUCUUCACUAUGGUAAGGAUUGAAUUGUCUGAGAUCAUCAAGAUUGAUUAUUUCAGCCAUGGAGGCAGGUCAGCAACGGCUAGAUCAGCAUGGCAUGGGAAAAAAGACACUCACUCACUUACACACACACACACUCCCAUAUUUGGUAUUUUUUUAUUUAAUUUUUUAAAGUCCACCCAGCCUCCUUACCUUUGGGGAAAGCUGGAGUGGAUCCUUUCACUUUAGUCCAGUUGUGCGGUGCUGAAGUCUUCAAGCGCUUCCUGCUCUGCUCCCUCAUGUGCCGUAUAGUGAUGUCAGGGAGGGAAUGACGUUGUAUUUCAUCAUCACUGCAGACUGCAUUAGGGAACAGAGCAGGAAGAUUACAGCUCCCUCACUACCGCCUCAAUUAUGCCUCAGCCGACUGCCGCAAGGGUGCAGGAUGACGGAUUGAGCUGCCGCUGAUCAGGAGGACAAACACCCAGGCGCCAGGACAAAAUUAAUUGGCAACCUGGCGCCUGGGAUUUGUCAAGCCCUGGCUUAUAAGUACAAUGAUUAUUGCAAAUCACAGUUAUAAGUAACAACAUGCUUUGAGUAAGGGGAAGAGGAGUGUAUUGCCCUCGGGUUUUACCAAAGAGAUCUGCUACUUCAUGCAGAAAUUGUUUGAGGUCUAAUCAAGCCACGCAACACUUUAAAUAUUUUUAAACUAAAGAUUGGUCACUUUCAAAGAGUAACUAGGACACAUUUAUUUUGCACAAUCACUAUGUAAGGAAAAGGCUGUGAAAAUAAGAUUAUGUAUCAUUUGCCAUUAACUUACGAAAUGUCAGUGUUAUAAAUAACAGCUGUGCUGUUUGUUAAAUAAAAACCUUUUUGUUCCCAUUGUGUGUUUUGCUUUUAUUAUUGUUUUUCCACCCAUUCCCUCAGUCCAGGCAAGAUAGCACUUUAAAUGUCUUGUUCCAUUUGAUAAUGAAUAAAUAGCCUAUUGCUGGUUUUCGUAUACCCUCAUAUAUUUAGUUAGAUGUUUUGUUUUUCUUUCUUUUGCAGUCUGCCAUUUUUAACUUCCAGAGUCUGUUGACUGUAAUUCUUUUGCUGAUCUGUACCUGUGCUUAUCUACGAGCCAUGUUUCCCAACCUACUUGACCGAAAUAAAACUGGGUAAGUCAGCAGAUUUGCAAACAAUGAAUCUAUUUUUUUUUUUUUCUUUUCCCCUUUAAAAAAAAAAAUAUAUAUAUAUAUUUAUUGUGUUUUGUCUUGUUCCUUUACAAAAUGCUGAUAUUGUUGUGAAGGAAAACGGCACAGGUGUGAGUAAUGGUCUCACUGACAGACAUAAUCGUCUGGUAGAACAUUAAAAUUUUAUUGCAGCCAUUUCCAUGAAAAUUGGAAAACUAAUUUUAUGUAACAGGAUUUUGCUGUGUAUUCUGGAUCAGCAUGUUUUACUAGAUUGGCCGUAGUAAUGUAUUAUUACAUGCCUAACUUGUACAUCUUGUCAUAGUAAACUGUUCUUCAUUUGUGAUCUUUAUUUAUGGCGUCAUACCACAUGCAAUCACCAGGAGGAGGGAAAUCAGCCGCAGCUUUCUGCCCCUAAAUGUGGUGUUCUUCUUAUCAUCAUCAUCAUCAUCAUUAUUUAUAUAGCGCCAACAUAUUCCGCAGCACUUUACAAAUCCAAAAUGGGGAUGUUUGACCACCAGUACGUUACAUAUGAAAUAUAACAGACAUGAAGUAGGCCUUGCUCAAACAAGCUUACACUGCACUAACGAUGCAGACACUCUUGUUAGGAAACUGUUGGAGGUCCUUAUAAUUAUUAUUAUUAUUUUUUUUUUUUAUGUAGUUGUGUCUAAGUUCUAUGGUUAUAGAAAGUGGCACAAAUGGAGGAAGUUUCAUUGGAUGGAGAAGGAAAGUGGUGUGGUGUGGUAGGCUAGUAAAUUGGAGAAGGAAUUGCCAACUAACAUGGAAGUAGAAAAUGAAAUGGAUAGGGGAAAACAGUGCCAAUAAACCCCUGCAUUCACACAUACUGUCCCUCCAUAUAUAGACCACUCUGAUUUCAUAUGCACAAACAUCCCUUAAAGGAACACUAUAGUCACCUAAAUUACUUUAGCUAAAUAAAGCAGUUUUAGUGUAUAGAUAAUUCCCCUGCAAUUUCACUGCUUAAUUCACUGUCAUUUAGGAGUUAAAUCACUUUGUUUCUGUUUAUGCAGCCCUAGCCACACCUCCCCUGGCUAUGAUUGACAGCGCCUGCAUGAAAACAAAAAACUGGUUUCACUUUCAAACAGAUGUAAUUUACCUUAAAUAAUUGUAUCUCAAUCCCUAAAUUGAACUUUAAUCACAUACAGGAGGCUCUUGCAGGGUCUAGCAAGCUAUUAACAUAGCAGGGGAUAAGAAAAUCUUAAUUAAACAGAACUUGCAAUAAAGAAAGCCUAAAUAGGGCUCUCUUUACAGGAAGUGUUUAUGGAAGGCUGUGCAAGUCACAUGCAGGGAGGUGUGACUAGGGUUCAUAAACAAAGGGAUUUAACUCCUAAAUGGCAGAGGAUUGAGCAGUGAGGCUGCAGGGUCAUGUUCUAUACACCAAAACUGCUUCAUUAAGCUACUUCAACACUCCGCACAGUUUUCACACUGCAUUCACACACGCACAAUGAAAUGAGGGGUGAAUUUAUGUAGAUUGUUACUCACACUCCAAACAUAAAUACCUCACAUACAUUGACAUACCUCACAAAUAAGUUAAAGGACCACUCUAGGCACCCAGACCACUUUAGCUUAAUGAAGUGGUCUGGGUGCCAGGUCCAGCUAGGGUUAACCCGUUUUUUUUAUAAACAUAUAAAUGUUUAUGAAUGGGUUAAGCCUUCCCCCUAUUCCCUCUAGCGGCUGUCUCAUUGAUAAUGCUUUCCUAUGCGACCGGCUGAAUGGGCGCGCAGCUCUUGCCGCGCGUGCGCAUUUAGCCGACGGGGAGGAGAGGAGGAGGAGGAUCGGAGGAGGAGAGCUCCCUGCCCAGCGCUGGAAAAAGGUAAGUUUUUACCCCUUUAAUGGGGGCACCCUCAGGGCACUAUAGUGCCAGGAAAACAAGUAUGUUUUUCUGGCACUAUAGUGGUCCUUUAAUUACUAUAAAUAAAUGUAGUGUUCUUGGAUCACAGAAUUCUAUAAAUAAAUCCUAUGCACAAUUUUUUUUGUUUUUUUUUUGUCCAAAGUGUUCAUGACAGUACAUGCAUAUUUAUCCACGAUUUCAGAUGCGAUUCAGGCAUUAAACCUGCCAUGUAUCUUACGGAUUAACACACAAAACAAGAUCCUGAUAAAAUCAAUAACUCCAACGGUUGAAACCCUGACCAGAAUAAUUUCAGCUCUGGAUAAUGGGUAGCAACCAAUAUAGUGCAGUGAUUUUUAAUAACCCACUUAAUGUGUGUGUGCUCGCACGCAAUUUUCCAUUACAUAUGGGAACUUGGAAAAAAUGGUUCUCAGAAAAUCUCUUUUGAUCCAUAUCAUUGUCUUUAUGAAGACUGUCAAGAAUAAUUUCCACUUUCAUCUUGUUAAAACACUUGAACACUUGUCUUAUUACCGCCUAAAUAUAUUUGCAUUUCAACCAGUCUCAGCAGAUAUUUAAGUAUAAUUAUGUACAUGACAUUAGCUUGAAAAUCCAUUCUUCAGUAGGAGAAGAGAAAAAAACUAUAAGACUCUGUGUAAUGUAGUAUACAACAAGAUAAACUCUGCAAUACAACUUCGACUCUUCCCAAUGGUGAAAAGGGAAGGCAGUGAAAGCAAUUUGUUAUGGUAGUUGCUGGAUCCAUGAUAAAUAUGAUGUCCCUAAGCGAUCCGUUUGGGGCCACUGCAAUGGUAUGGUCACCCAAUUUUGUCUCCUGACACAGGUGUUAAAUGGGCACUAUAGGGCCUAUAGUUUCCCUUUAACAGCUGUGUCAGGAGACAAAGUAAGCUGUUAAGGCUCUAGUGCCUAUAUUAUAUUGUAGUGAUUAUGGGGGGGAAAUAGGCUGAGCAGUAUAAAUGCUGACUUUACUGAGAGAAGGCAAUGUUUACAUUGCUGCCAAAUGCCACGUCUGGUGGCUGUCACUCCAUCAGAGACACUGCACGGACUUCCUGGAUUUGGUUCUGCAAAAAUUGAUCUGUUCCAACUCUGCAUGUAGAUGCUGACCUCUUUCUAUAGAGAUGCAUUGAAUCUAUGACUCUCUAUUAGUAUGGUAAUUUGCUGUGCAUUUACACUAGCCUUCUAAUGGUGCAUUAGAUUAGCUUAGAUCAGCGUUUCCCAAAUAGCUCUGAGGAGCCCUAGGGUUCCACGUGAACAAAAUUGGGAUUCCGCUGCGAUUUGCCCUCAGGGGGCCCAAGCAUUUAGGGCCACCCGAUGGGUAUUGCUAAACAGGGGUCCGGUCAGGCGCCGCGGGCAUCAAAUACUGCUGUUGUAUGGGAUGCUGGGGGGACAUGACAGCACUUACUCCCAGACAGAGUGCACCAGCUGGAGGGAGUGGGAGCACAGCAGGGAGGGAGCAGCUGCCGACCUGGCACACCAUCCUCAGCCUGCAGCACUGAAGGAAGAAAAAAGGGUAAGUUAAACAUGUGUAUGUGUACCUGUGUCAGUGUGUGUCCCAGUUUGUGUCUGUGUGUGUCAGUGUAUCUGUCUGUGUGUGUGUCAAGGUGUGUGUAUCUGUCUGUGUGUGUGUGUAUCACUGUGCCAGUGUGUAUGUGUGUCAGAUACAUACACACACACACACACACACCUUGACACACAUUGUGUGUGUAUCUGUGUGCCACUAUGUGCCAGUGUGUGUGUGUGUCAGAUACACACAUAGGCACAUACAAACACCGAUAGACACACAGAUACAUACAUACACACUGCUUACAUACACACUGCUUGUCAAGGUGUGUGUAUCUGUGUGUCAAGGUGUAUGUAUCCGUGUGUCAGAUACAUAUACACACACACCGGCACAUAUAAAAAAAGGUUUAUGUAACUGCGUAAAAUUGUCUGAUACACUAUGUCAAAGGGUUCCACUGGAAAAAUUCAUUGGGAACCCCUGGCUUAGAUGAUCAAGAUUGAUCUCAACCAGCGGAGGUGGGUCAACCACAGUGAGAUGUGCAUGGCGGGGGAAUAAAGGUAAGUAAAAUCCUUUAUUUUCAUUAGUGGGUGGGGGGAGCAUAUAAUAAUCUAAAUUGUUAGUAUAACUCUAGAGCUGUAGGAAUAUGUUUUUACACUAUAGUGUUCCUUUAAAGGGACUCUCCAGUGCCAGGAAAACAUCAGUUUUCCCGGCACUGCAGAACUCUGCAGUGCCCCUCUCCCUCCCACCCCCCAUUCCAUGUUGUUGAAGGGGGUUAAAACCCCUUCAGUGACUUACCUGAAUCCAGCGCCAAUGUCCCUUGGCGCUGGGUCAGGCUCAGCCCACGCUCCUCCCCCCACAGACGUCAGCCAGUGGGGGAGACCUAGUGCGCAUGCACGGCAAUGGCCACGCACGCGCAUUAGACCUCCUUAUAGGAAAUCAUUAUUCAAUGCUUUCCUAUGGGGAUUCCGGCGACGCUGGAGGUCCUCAUGCAUAGCGUGAGGAUGUCCAGCAACGCUAUAGCACACUUUUCGUGUGCUAUAAUCAUGGAAGUGCCCUCUAGUGGCUGUCUAUUACACAGCCACUAGAGGAGGAGUUAACCCUGCAAGGUAAUUAUUGUACUUUUAUAAGAAUAACUAUUUUUAUUUUUUCAGUAUGACCGGUUCAAGCUGACUUUUUGUUCUACCUUAUAUCUUCCUAUGGCUUUUCUUCAUGAUUCAUUUACACAAUACUUUACACAAGUCUCUGGUAUUGUUUACAGGCUCUGCUUUUCUGUUACUUUGUUGCUGUGCUGUGAACAUUUAAGCAUUAUGUCAUAGAAAUGUCCCAAUGUUGACUAUACAAGUUUUAUGUUUCUUUUGCAGAGUCCUUGGAAUCUUUUGGAAAUGUGCACGAAUUGGUAAGUGUUGGUAAACAAUAUAAUACUCUGUUUUUGCAGAAAUCUCAAAAGCAUUAAUUUCUCAAUAUAUUAAAAUUAGAAGUGUUGUAAUGAAUUUUAAGCCAAAAUGCAAAAUAGCAGAUGCGUAAAAAAAUCUUCCAUAUCGACUAUCUUCCAUUUCCUUUAAAGGAACACUCUAUUUUAAAGCAAUUUUCUGUGACUGCCAAGGUCAUCUUGGAGAGCGUCCCUUGCACCCUUUCUAAUUUCUGAGAAUAAAUUACAUAACUGCAGCAAUUUUGUAAAAAUCACAGCAGUUGUAAGCCACAACCAUAUUUAUUACCCUCCAAAAGAGGACAGAGGUGGUGGAGCCUACUCCCUUUUGCAGCUACUGAUCAUCUCUUUUGGCUGUGAAGAUGCAGAACUUUGUAGGAUUGUAUCUUUAUUUUUUGACAGAUGUUAAUGUUAGGUCCCAAAUUCAAGCCUUAUAAUCUGUUUUGCCUGUACUAUUGUUCUGCUAAUUAACAUGGGUCUAGCAAUAAGGAACGUUUACACCAUUUUCUUUAUUAAGUAUUGAAGACUAAAUAAUAAAUUGCAGAAUGUUGCACACACUUUGCAAAAUGGUAGCAUGUGCUAGGAUUUGUGGGUAUUAUAGAACUGUAAUCUUGCAUCUUUAAAGGGACACUCCACUGCAAAACACUAUGUAGUAUAUGUAUCCCCAAUUAAAGCGUGCAUGAAUUUAAUGUUUUUCAUUUUUUUAUUGGAAGUAUAUCUAAAAAAAAAAAAAAAAGCUUGCAAAAGUUACAAAUAUCUUUUGUGCUGCUUUAUUUAUUUAUUGCUUAAUUUAUAAAAGUGCAAAAAAAUUUGUAAAAGGAUACGAGAAUACGCCCUUCACAUAUAAAGCACUUCGCAAUCACUUUAGGUGUGUGAUGUUCCUUUAAAUAGAUUUUAAAAAACCCAGAACGGACAAUGGCUCAAAUAGCCUGCCCUUCGGUGGGUCCCCACUCAGAUCUCAAGCUGGUUUUAGCUCAUCUUGUGCCAUUACACAAAAAAAACAGGUCAUUUGCAUAUCAGACUGAUCCCACUCAAAAGGGCGGAUUAAAUCCAAAACGCAGGUCGGCUCUAUCUGCAUGAGAGAUAUAGCAACCCCAGACAAUAGUUUCAACCUUUUUAGGCAUAGUUGGCGAGGUACAGCUGAUACCCCUCUAGGCACCUUGUUUAAAUAGAAUAAACGUUCAUCUUUAGCCCUACUAUCAGUUUGGUUGACACAUCGUAUACACCAGUAGUUUCCUUUCCUGUCCUUGCAAUUCCCUGGCAACCUGGAAGCUACAGAUUAUUCAAUUAUCUUCUAGUAAAAAGAUCAGGAAUGUUAAAGAUGCCUGGGAUUCCUAAAGAAGACAUAUUCAAAAAUGUCUUUGUAUUUAUAUUUUUUCAAUACAAUGUACACUGUAUCCAAAAAAAAGUUAAGCGUUUAAAAUAUAAAAACCCAUAUGUUAAUGUUCCUUCUUCCUUUAAGUUUUCAGUUUCACAGAUAUUUUUAUCAGUGUGUUGUUACCUCUCAUUUCUCCCCCUCCACCUCCUCCCACACACUUUUAAAAUGUCUUGCCUUUUUCCACUCCCUUAAUUCAGUCAUUGUUUGGCUCAUUCAAUGUUGCUGUAAUACUACAUUGAUUGACUUGCUGCCAUAUACAAAAAUGAAAUGUAUAAAUGUAUGUGAUGGAUUUUUGAAAUUGGCCUACACAUGCCAAAACUGUGUUUCAGUAUUCAGAGACACAGUAAGGGAGAGACGGUCAUCAUAUGGGGGCAGUGAAGGUAGUCAAUACUAUAACAUUAGAACUCAGAAUUCAGGUGCUUUUAAGUAUAGUUUGUGUUUUUGUGUUAGUGUUCCUUUAAAGAAAAUGUAUGGUAGUUAAGAAUGUCUUUGCACAUUCCUCCCUGGGGAAACUCUUGGUGAGAGUAUGUUCUUUAGGGUUUUGUGUUUGGCAGACUCUGUGACAUUCUCAUUUUUCAAUGUAUUAUUCAUUUUAACUAUACUUUCUUUCCCAAGGUGAACGAAAAAGUCCCUAUGUUGCUGUAUGCUGUGUGGUGAUGGCGUUUAGUAUCCUCUUCAUGCAAUAGAUCCUGGAAGAUGUCUGCAUUAAAAUCUUGUUAUACGUUUUUGUUUUGUUUUGUUUUUUAAUUAAAUUCGCAAGUGAUUCAAAAUGUACAUAUGGAAAACUUUUAUUUUCUUCUUGUUUUGGUAUUUGAGAGCUAGAUAAAUACUAUUCAAUUUUUAGAAUAUAAUUAUAUGUAAUACAUAGAUCAUAUAAGAAUACUCCUCUCCAACUAUGUUAUGCCCUCAGGAAAUCUAAAUAAAGGGUAUUUUUAUAAUGGAUCUAGUCAAGGGGCUUUCAUCUGUUUCCAAAUCCUGUUUGUUUGUUUGUUUGUUUGUUUGUUUGUUUUUUGUUUGUUUUUUAUUUACACUUAG